AUGCGUCUACCAAAGUCAGAGCCCGACACCGUCCAGGAGGGAAGUAACCUCUACGAACAGGUGUGGCAGCCCGAGUCACCCACCUUUGAACUGGUCCAGACGCCGUUGUUCAAGCCAGAGCCGCAUUCCAUGAGCCCGGAGGAACGAACUCAAGUGACCUUUGGGCGAGCAAAGAAGAUCUGCGAAGUAUACAACUUGACUGUGGAAGAUGUUCUAUACCUUACGACAGCAUUCUGGAAGCUGCAAACCGAUCUUAUCGUUGCGAGAGAGGGCGGUGCAAUGACAGUCAUCAGUGUUCAGUACACUUUAUGCGUGGGAACCGCGGCGCCAUUUGCAAAAGCGCGCCCGGCUCUCCAGGCUAUAUUACAGCGUGCGAUGAAGUUUGAGGUCUUCAUGCCCUUCAUGCUCACUGAAGUCGGACAUGGGCUGGACGCACGCAACCUGGAAACGACAGCCACACUGUUGCCGGAUGGGGGCUUUGAGCUUCACAGCCCUACCCCAGGAUCUGCAAAGUGCAUGCCACCCAGCACAACUCUAAGUGGACUGCCAACAUUUGCCCUCGUCAUGGCUCGUCUCAUUGUCGAGGGCGAAGACCGGGGUGUGCGUCCCUUUGUUGUUCCCUUGAAUGACGGCAAUGAAAUGUUCAAGGGCGUAGUAUCAAAACUCAUGCCGCCACGUACUGGCGCCCAUCCAAUUGGCAAUUCAAUCACAUAUUUCAACCGCGUUACACUCCCCGGUACUGCGCUUCUCGGAAGCCUUCAGAAACCCGCCAACGAGCGUGACCAUUUUCUGGCGACCAUUCACCGUGUAGGCGCCGGGACCCUAUCGCUCUCUAGCGUCGCCAUCCCAGGACUAAAGAUAGUGACAUAUAAUGCCGCCCGCUUCAGCGCGCGCCGUUUUAUUCUGGGAAACGAUGGGUCGCCAAUGCCUGUUAUCAACUUCCGCACCCAGCACCUUCCCAUACUCCACGCGAUUGCGCGAUACCACGUACUACAGGCGCUCCUCAUCGAAGCAGCCACACUAUUUCGCAACCCAAAGCUUGAGCCACGCGUCCGCCACGCUGUCGCUACUAUCUUCAAGGUGCUUGCAGUGGACCACUUUACAAAGAGCAUCAAGGCCCUGCAUGACGGCUUAGGCUGGCGUGGUGUCUACGAGCAGAAUCAGAACCUACAAAUUGAGCUCUCAUUCCGCGCCGUCGGUAUUGCAGAGGGUGAUAGCCGAGUUCUAGCAAUUCGCCUCGCAAGCGAACUGCUCCUCAGCCGGUACCGCCUCCCAGCCCCCAGAACCCCAGACAGCGCCAUUGCCCGCCACGAAGCCGGCCUCCUAGCCGAAGGACAAGAGUCCCUCCGUAACAUCGGCAGCCACCGUAGCGAGGCAUACAACCGCAACAUCCUCCCGCUCUCCGUCCCUCUCAUCCAAGCCAUCGGAUACCGCAUGGCCGUUGAGGCCGCGGCCGCAGCACCAAUUGAUCCCGGACUCGUUGCACUGUACGAAGCCGGCGUAAUAUUAGAGGACUCCGCCUGGUACACGGAGCAAGGGGGCAUCAGUCGGAAGGAGCAAAUGGAGAUGGAAGCUCGGGCUGCGGAUGCGCUACUCCCUGACCUUGAGCGCCUGGUUGCUGAGAGUGGGGCGGAGAAAUACAGUUAUGCGCCCAUGGCUUCGGAUGAACUUUGGGAUGAGUGGAUGGAUGGAUUGCAGGAGUUUAGGGGUGAGGCGGAGUGUGAUGUGCCUGGAUUUGGCAUGUCUUCGAAGCCCUGA